AUGCAGUGCGCCAAGGGCGCGGGGGAGCAGCUCCUCGCGUGCUACCUGCGAGGCGCGCCGCCGCCCCCACGGGCAAGGUCGGCCGCUGUCUCCGAUGCUUUGCGACAUGUUCUGCAGCAGGGCCCCUCUCGCGCCAUGGCCUACCUCGACCUUUUUGCGGGGGCCGGCGCCGUCGGCAGAUGGCUCCGCCGGCACUCUGCGCACAACGUCCUACGACUGGAUUUGAACCGCAACCCUGCUUUCGACUUCAGUUGCACAGCUGUCUGUAGGACGCUGUGUGGCUGGAUCGGGUCGCGGCAUGUCCCGAGCUGCCGCUUCUUCUCCGCUGCCGACCGACAUCGCCUCGGCUGCGUCACGCUCCGCGGGGGGCACUCCGCAGGCCUGCCGCUCCCGCGCUUGGCGCUGGCGGUGCUGCUGCUGCAACUGGUCGAACAGCUCGGCGACCUCCUGCACCUUGGCGGUGAGCGCGGGCGGGAUGCAGCGGUGGACGGGAACUUGCUCUGCGCGGGCCUCUCGGGCGGAAGGCCAUUAAAUCAGCGCGCGGCCGCCGUCUACCUCGGGCGUGCCCGCGACCUCGACAGGACCAACAGGUCCGACUCGGCGCGGCCCUGGGCCGACCAGCCGCGCCCGAAGCUGCGUUCAGACAGCCCGAGCCAUGACCACCACGCCCUCGCGGGCCCUCUAGCCCGGGGCCCUCGGCGUCAGCUUAAGCCCGGAAAUUUCCACGCGGGGGCCGGGGCUACGCCGCUCGGCGGCUCGAGCUGGGCCGACCGCAUGCCACAGCUCGGCUGGCGGGCCGCGGCCGCAGCCUCCCCGAAAGGCCCCUCCACGAGAUGGAGGAGGGACUCUGCCCCGCCAGCACCGGCAGCGGCAACAGACCCCAAAGAGGAGACCAACGGCAUGAAGGAGGCGGCCGGGCCCGCCGCGCGGGCGGGGCCGAGCGGCGCUGCGGCGGAGGGUGCUGCCGCGGAGUCGGCGGCCCAGGGUUCGGAGCCCCCUCCGCCGGCCAAGUGGACGUGCGUGAAGUGCGACGAGCCGAACAAGGCCGAGCGGGACCACUGCAACAACUGCGGCGCUCCUCGACCGACGCCGGCCUCGACGCCUGACCCAGGUCGCAGCCUGGACGGUGCCUCUCCAGCAGGGUCCGACGCGGCUGAUGAACUCCUCAAGCAGCUCUUGAAGGGCGAGACGGAGAAGCCGCAGGCGAAUCCGCCCAAAGCAGCAGGAAAGUGGACUUGCCCGAAGUGCGACGAGCCCAAUAAGGACGAGCGGAACACUUGCAACAAUUGCGGCUGGGUGAAAAGAAGCAAUUCAGUCGUCUCCCUGGGCUCCUCGGACGACGGCGACGCCCCCCCCGCCAGCGGUGCCGCGGCACAGGCGGCGCCUCCGAAGCUCGUGCUGGAGACUGGGGCCAAAGUCCAGCUCGGCGGUCUGAAGGCAGCGCCCGCGCUGAACGGCCAGCAGGGCACCUGCACGAAGUGGGACGCCGAGAAGAGCCGCUGGCACGUGCGCCUGCAGAGCGUCGGGAAGGUGGUUGUGGUGAAGCCCGACAAUCUCGAGGUCAUCGCCAGCUUCGCCGCCGCGGAGCGCGGCAAGAGCAGCAGCAGCAGCAGCAGCUCUGGCAGGAAAAAGAAGAAGAAGAAGAAACGCAAGAAGAGCAGCUCUAGCAGCUCCAGCUCAAGCAGCAGCUCCAGCGUCUCGGGCAGCAUGGAGAAGUUCAUCGGCGGGGCCGCGGAGAAGAAGAGGCCUGGCAGCCGGGCGCAGCCGCUCCCAGCGCCGCAGCGGCUCCCGGCGGCGCAUGGUCACCCAGAUGCGCCGGGGGCGCAGUGCGUCCCGCCCGGUGAGGCGGCGGAGCUCUCCGAGACACCGGCGCCCCUCGGGGGAGUGGUGGGCAGUGCCACGAGGGCGUGGCGUUCGGAGGCGGUCGUCAUCGGCAAAGGGCCCACCACCCGCAGCAGCGGCCCCAGCAAGGGAGAGGCGAAGGGCGACCUCGUGCCCUGGCAGUACCAGUCCAUGGAGAAGAAGAUCCGGGAUAUGCAGGCCAAAGACGCCAAGGAACUCGAGCAGGCGGGGGAGCACAUGGGCCACGUGGAGAAGGAGAACGCGCAGCGCUGGAAGGCCGAACCCGACAGUCUCAAGGCGAUGCGCCGUGACAUCAAGCGCGUCGAGGGGCUCGUGGCUACGGCUGACCAGGACAUCAACACCACAAAUGCCGACAUCGAGUGGCUGGAGGUCAAGCUCGCCUUCCAGCAGGAGCAGCUGGCCAAGCGCGACAAGGACCUCUUGGCGGCGAGGGUCCUCCUGGUCGACUUCGGCAAGCAGCAGCUCCAGGGGGUCGGAGGCGGAGGAGCCCGCGUCGCGGCCAACCGCUUCGUGCAGGCGCGCGCGGCGGCCAUCCUCGCUGCGAGGAGGGCCGAGGUGGGCGACGGCAUGGGCCAGCGCGGCAAGGCCAGGGGGGGCGCCCGCGCAGCUGGCGAGCAGGCCGAGGGCGCAGGGCGCCAGGCGCUCGGGCGCAGCGCGGCCCCAAGCAAUCCUGCGACGCUGGCGCGCCUCCUCCUGCUGAUGACAGUCUACGCCUGGGAGUGGAGCGGCAUCAUCGGGGCCUUCCGCACUGGGGACUGGAAGGCGACGCGCCCCCCUUGCACCUCCGCGGACAAGGGCGGCGCCACUGGCAGCGAGGUCGCGGCAGUCCGCUCGCACCUCCAGGUGGGCGACGUCGCGGCGGCUACCGUGCACUUGCGCCCCGCGCUGGGAUUCGCCGAGCGCGACAGAGCCGCGCUCGUCGCUUCGGGGGCCCUCCUGGCGCAGACGCGCACGCCGUUGUGGGUGACCAGCCUUGGCGGCGAAGCUCACCCCCCCGGCGCCGCGGUCGCCUGCGACGAGGGCCGCGGGCGCCUGCUGGACUGCGGCAUCGCCGCGAAGGUUUCGCGCGCGCACCUUUUCCAGCUGUGGGCCCACUGGGCGACGACGCUCAGAGGCGCCCGCCGGCGGUGGCGGCGCCGGGCCCUCGAAGCCCCGGGCAGCCCCCCCGCGGCCCAACGCGGCAAGCGCAAGGCAGACCCAGAGAGCAAGCGGUCACGGCUGCGACGGACGGCUCUGGCUAUGAGGGCUGCGUGGCUACCAGAUGCGAUCUGCGAAACUCGGCGCGACGCGCCCCGGCGGGACUCGCUGCGGCGGGAAGCGCCGCGGCGCGACGCGGAUCGGGAGCGGCACAACGAGAUCUCGCUGCAGCUGGCUGGUCGGACCAGCGCGCGACGACAGCUCCAGAGUCUCAUCAGAGUACUCCAUGGCUUCCAGUACUGCCUGACGUCGCAGAGCUGCACCUUGUAG